AGCCACUUCAAUGGUUCCAUGCUAUAAAUAGCGAGCUUUCCAUGCAGAAGAUAUUCAAGUCUCUCACAAUUAACAAGCAAUUAUAUACAAAACUAUAGAAAUAUAUAGAAGCUAGCGAACUAAAAAUGAAAGCUACAUACUUGCUGGUUGCAUUCUUGGCUCUGGCCUCUUUUGCCUCUGCCUAUGAUCCCAGCCCUCUCCAAGACUUUUGUGUUGCUCUCCCCGAUAAUGGCAUCAAAGACGCUGUAUUUGUGAAUGGAAAAUUUUGCAAAGACCCUAAAGUUGUGCUGGCUGAGGAUUUUUUCAAGCACGUAGAUCCUGGGAAUGUUGUUAACAAACUUGGGUCAAAAGUAACUCCAGUGACAGUUAACGAACUAGCAGGACUCAACACAUUGGGUAUAUCACUUGCUCGCAUAGAUUUUGGACCUAAGGGUUUAAAUCCUCCUCACACUCACCCACGAGCCACUGAGAUAUUGAUAGUUAUUGAAGGAACUCUCUUAGUUGGAUUUGUGACUUCCAAUCAGAACAACACCAACCGUCUUUUUACCAAAGUGCUCAACAAGGGUGAUGUGUUUGUGUUCCCAAUUGGCCUCAUUCACUUCCAAUCUAACAUCGGUUAUGGCAAUGCUUUCGCUAUUGCUGGUCUUAGCAGUCAAAAUCCAGGUGUUAUCACAAUUGCAAAUGCUGUGUUCGGAUCUACUCCACCUAUUUCUCCCGAAAUUUUGGCUAAAGCUUUCCAAGUGGACAACAACGUAAUCAACUAUCUCCAAAAGCAGUUUUGGUAUGAUAACAACUAGUUUGACGACAGAGAGCACUCGUCAUUGAAUAAUUCUACUUGUACUUUGAUUUAGUGUAUGUUAUGCAUAUGCUCAUGCAGUUCAAUGUAAUAAUAAAACGCAUGAGGGUUAUAAUUCAUUGAAUAAUUCUACUUGUACUUUAA